CCCACAUGUAAGGGAGGUUCUGUCCAAACCGACCUAACAGGAUUCUUGCUGAAGGCUAGCCAGGAUGAUCAGCCAUCACCUGGGGGAUGGUGGAGGACAAGAAAGCUGAUCAGAAUCGAGGAAGACUGAAAGUGGAGGGUGGGGACUUCUGACUAUCCUGACUCUUUGGCUAAAACUGGAUUUUACAAGGAAGUGCACAGAUGGACCUAAAAGAAGGCUCAAAAGCAGUUUGGCCAAAGGAUCUUGUCAACACCUACAUUUGAAGAUCUGAAAACAGCAUGUACACACCCAUCCCCCAGAGCCGCUCCCCAUUCCCAACCUCAGUACAAGAUCCUGGCCUGCACAUAUGGCGGGUGGAGAAGCUGAAGCCGGUGCCUGUAGCACGCGAAAACCAGGGUAUCUUCUUCUCGGGGGACUCCUACCUAGUGCUGCACAAUGGUCCAGAAGAGCUUUCUCAUCUGCAUCUAUGGAUAGGCCAGCAGUCAUCCCGGGAUGAGCAGGGGGCCUGUGCUGUGCUGGCUGUGCAUCUCAAUACUCUGCUUGGGGAGCGGCCUGUGCAACACCGUGAGGUGCAGGGCAAUGAGUCUGACCUCUUCAUGAGCUACUUCCCACGUGGCCUCAAGUACCAGGAAGGCGGUGUGGAGUCAGCAUUUCACAAGACUGCCUCAGGGGCCGCCCCAGCUGCUAUCAGGAAACUCUACCAGGUGAAGGGGAAGAAGAACAUCCGUGCCACUGAGCAAGCGCUAAGCUGGGACAGCUUCAACACCGGGGACUGCUUCAUCCUAGACCUUGGCCAGAACAUCUUUGCCUGGUGUGGCGGAAAAUCCAACAUCCUGGAGCGCAACAAGGCGAGAGACCUGGCCCUGGCCAUCCGGGACAGUGAGCGGCAGGGCAAAGCCCAAGUGGAGAUCAUCACUGAUGGGGAGGAGCCUGCAGAGAUGAUCCAGGUUCUGGGUCCCAAGCCUGCUCUGAAGGAGGGCAACCCGGAAGAAGACCUCACAGCUGACCAGUCGAAUGCCCAGGCCUCAGCUCUGUAUAAGGUCUCUGAUGCCACUGGACAGAUGAACCUGACCAAGGUGGCCGACUCUAGUCCCUUUGCCUCCGACCUACUGAUACCUGAUGACUGCUUCGUGCUAGACAAUGGGCUCUGUGGCAAAAUCUACAUCUGGAAGGGGCGAAAAGCUAAUGAGAAGGAACGGCAGGCGGCCCUCCAAGUGGCCGAGGGUUUCAUCUCCCGCAUGCAGUAUGCCCCAAACACUCAGGUGAGGACACACCCACAUCCUCAAACCUUACCCCUGGGGCCCCUCCUGUGCCUCCUACCCCCUCAGACUGGACAAGAGGAGCAGGAGCGCCUCUGCUCACACUUUUGGUGGGAAGGCCCAUUUCAAUCCUUCAUCAUUUAAAAACACAUCCUGUUUUCAAAGAGGAUGU